AUGGAAGAGUUUGGUCGGGUCCGUCUUUUUCUUAGUUCGUCACUGUUUCCACCACUGAAUGACAAUAGCUUCCUGGCACUAUGGAACCGCGUUGCCCAGCUAAUCCCAGAGAAAACUAGCCGACAAAUGUUUGCCUCUCGAUUAAAUUCUAUUUAUUCCCUUGCAUUUUCAUCUCUCUUAAAAAUUGUGAUCUCUUUAACUAUUACUGGUUAA